UUCCAUCAUCAUUUAUGUAUGAUUGUAAUGACGUUGUUUGAUAUUAGGACUAGCAGUAAAACUUUAUAUUCUGUAAAAAAGGCUAUUUUAUUUUCAGCGCCGCCUCCCAGAAUGCUUUGCAUGGGGACGUGCGUCUGACGUCACGUAUACAGAAAAUUCAAAAUGGCGAGCGAAGAAAAGUGGAAAAGAGUGUUAUUCGUCAAAAAACCCACACAACGACGGUCAUUUUUUCGCCGUGCUAUUGUAAAAUUGUGUUUUAUCUGUGUUUUGUGUUCCGGGGGACCCCGACUCCAGAAUGUGAAAGUUUCCCGCGUGAAGCCGUGGAGCUCGAGAUCCUGUUUACUGUGGACUAGCUGUGUGUGACGCCAUGUUGUUUUUGUUUCCAUUACAAAAAAAAAGCUCCACCGUCUCGCCGAGUGCCAGCAAGAGUCAUGAGUACUUGUCAACUCGACUCCUCAACUGGAGAUAACUUUCUAGCACCUCACCAUGGGGAAGGAUGUAUUCAUAUGCCUUCACCAGCACAUGCAUUAAACAUGCAGAGAGUUACACAAGUUCUUACCACCUUGGGGCACCAUUCAGGGUGCCUUUUCAUCUGAUUAAAUUUAUAAUGAACAGGGACAUUGCGGUUGUCCCAAGUGGAUGGUAUGAUGAUAGGAUGGUUUUCUGGCCCAGCUAUAAAAACACCGACAGAAUUGAAAGGGCCGCUUUAAAUGAGGAGCAGCAUGAGCCAAACUGGCCAAGAUUUGACGUUUCUGUUGUCCGAACUUGUGACAACUACAAAGACGCAUUAAAAAUAAUGCAACAAUAUGGAAAGGGCUGCAACACCUCAGACCUGCAAUCUGAGGCAGAGAACGAGGAGCUGCCAGAAAAAAGGAACAGGAAGCCAGUCCAUCGUCUCGGGGACUCAGAUGAUAGCGAAGAAGACCCGGGAAAUAGUGACCUCACAUCUCUGGGGUUGGCAAGCCAAUUGCACAGGCAGACUCCACCGUCUCGCCGAGUGCCAGCAAGAGUCAUGAGUACUUGUCAACUCGACUCCUCAACUGGAGAUAACUUUCUAGCACCUCACCAUGGGGAAGGAUGUAUUCAUAUGCCUUCACCAGCACAUGCAUUAAACAUGCAGAGAGUUACACAAGUUCUUACCACCUUGGGGCACCAUUCAGACAACUACAAAGACGCAUUAAAAAUAAUGCAACAAUAUGGAAAGGGCUGCAACACCUCAGACCUGCAAUCUGAGGCAGAGAACGAGGAGCUGCCAGAAAAAAGGAACAGGAAGCCAGUCCAUCGUCUCGGGGACUCAGAUGAUAGCGAAGAAGACCCGGGAAAUAGUGACCUCACAUCUCUGGGGUUGGCAAGCCAAUUGCACAGGCAGACUCCACCGUCUCGCCGAGUGCCAGCAAGAGUCAUGGGUACUUGUCAACUCGACUCCUCAACUGGAGAUAACUUUCUAGCACCUCACCAUGGGGAAGGACGCAUUCAUAUGCCUUCACCAGCACAUGCAUUAAACAUGCAGAGAGUUACACAAGGAACGGAAGUCCCUCCUCGACUCCCUCCACCCCCCUCACCAGCAGCCCUCAACAUGUGGCAGACAGAGGAGCCUGGAUCCUGCCUGGCCUACAGGCCAACAUGGCGAGGGGAAAGAAUGGCCGACAACAUUUCCUGCUCUGCGCCUGAGGUAAUCCACAUCCUUAGCCUGCUGGAAACUAUUAAGCACAACCAAGACCAGCUGAUUGCGAAGGUAAACUUCUUAAGCCUUGAAUAGGUCAAUAAUUCAUAAUGACAUUGAUUUUGAUUAAUUAUUAUUUUUUAAAGAAAGAAACAGCCUACAUGGCAGCUUUGUGUGAUUAGAGUAAACAUAGCUACAUUUUCUUGUUACAUUUCACCUGUUUGCUCUUUAAAUACCACUUUUAAUGUUUUUUAUUUAUUUCGAUCAUAUUUUUUAAAAAUGUCCCCUGGGCCGUUAAAAAAUGACCUGCAAGGCCGCAAAUGGCCCCCGGGUCGCACUUUGGACACCCCUGGCCUACACGAAUACAAACAUAGAAUGAUAGUACAAAUAUAAUAAGAAAACAAUGUCAACCUCCCAAAGUUGGGUUAUGGAUAUUUAUUUAUGCCCCCCACCCCCCCGCCGCCGUCAUCCAAGAGCCAAACAAGUACUCUGAUCAAGGAACCAAAUAACGAUAUUGUUUAAACAUUUUGGAUGUCUUGCACACCUAUACCCUGAUCACAAAUUCAUAGUUUACGCACCUUAUUUUAACCACCUCCAGUAACUUUUAAGUCAUGUUUUUUUUUUCAAAUGUAAUCUCCUUAAUACCUAUCACAUAUUUUGUAUUGUGUAAGCAUACUUGGCUUUGGAUGCUUCCUACCAUGAACAUAAACGUAUCUGCCUUGUAAUCUUGUUUGAUUACAGGUGCUGUGAGUAAAAAUGUGUUGACAAGGUCAGCCACGGACGCUGAGGUCACCAAACACGCCAUCAGGUGAUUCAACUUGGCGGGGGAUCAGGCAACGAGGAGA